AUGGACUCUUUUUCCCAUUCUCCUCUUCGGCGAACUUCCACCAGUACAUCCGACAACGAUUUGGAUGACACAGCUUCUCUGACUGCCGUCUAUUCUGCUGGUUCUUCGACUUCUUCCCGUCAGCAGCCACCGCAACCACGGCUGCCAGGACGAGCCCCAUCAUCUCAUUCCUUGUUAGCUUCAGGUUCAAUCAAGAACUCCGACAUCAGAAAGGGUGCACAUGCCGAAACUACAAAGGCAUCCGCAGACCGUUCUAGCAUUAGCAUGCCACCGCCCUCCACCAAACCUUCAGUCGAUCGGAGACUGUCUACGUCAUUGAAUUCGAUCAAAUUUCAACGCAAGUCAGAAGAAGUCCCAAGAAGCCCGCCUGCUUCGGUCAAGAGCUUUGACGAUAGGCUUCCAUUUGGUGCUUCACCAACUGCUCAAACCUCUACUGCGUUUGACUCAACCGUGAUCACCACUGCUUCAUCUCCAAAUGCUCCAGGUCUGCCCGUGCUCUCGCCUCCAGCCCUUGAUCCAAGCAUUCCUAAUCUUUUGGAUACAGUUUCAACUACUUCUUCUCAGGUCAGCACCUCUUCCCAGGCUCCACGAAGUGAACCAUCUCUCUCGGUGGGUCAAUCUUCAGCCUUAUCGACAAAGACCGAUACCCCGGACACCGCUCUACCAACAAGGACCUCGAGGACCACAAAUCCCAGAUCCGUGUCUUCCAGCAGACGCCUAAGUACUACUGGCUCGUCCAAAAACGACAGUAUUGGAUCCGAGAACAAGAUGGCCUAUGGCCGGAUUGGUGUUUGUGCUCUUGACAUCAAAGCGAGAAGUCGACCCAGUCGCCAAAUUUUGACCCGCCUUCAAGGCGAUGGUGACUUUGAAGUCAUUGUCUUUGGUGACAAAGCAAUACUCGAUGAAGAUGUUGCCAAUUGGCCAAUAUGUGAAUUUCUGAUUUCCUUCUUCUCCGAUGGAUUUCCACUCGACAAAGCUAUAGCAUACGUAAAAUUGCGCAAACCGUUUGUCGUCAAUGAUCUCAGCAUGCAGAAAGUUUUGUGGGAUCGCAGACUCUGUUUGAAAAUACUGGACCAGAUGCAAAUUCCGACUCCUAAAAGGAUCGAAGUAACUCGUGACGGGGGGCCAAAGCUCGAAUCUGCAGAUCUUGCACAACGUGUCAAAACGUUGACCGGUGUGGUUCUAGAAGGAUCCCCAGACGGCACUGGUGGGGGAACUCCUCCAACAAACAAAGUGUCUCUCAUUGAUGAUGGUGAUACCUUGAUUGUUGAUGGAAAAGUGUUCAAAAAACCGUUCGUUGAGAAGCCCGUCAACGGCGAAGACCACAAUGUCAUCAUUUAUUUCCCCCGAAGUCAAGAAGGCGGUGCUCGACGAUUGUUUCGGAAAAUUGGAAACAAGUCCUCUGAAUUCGACCCCGACUUGAUUACUCCGAGAUGCAUCACCGAACCCGACAGCAGUUACAUCUACGAGCAAUUCCUUAAGACUGAAAAUGCCGAGGAUGUCAAGGCCUACACUGUCGGCUUCAAUUAUUGCCAUGCGGAAACUCGAAAGUCCCCCGUGGUGGAUGGCUUGGUGCGAAGAAAUACACAUGGUAAAGAACUCAGAUACGUUACCAAUCUGACAGAUAUCGAAAAAGAUAUGGCCUCCAAGGUAGCCCGCGCUUUCGGACAGAGAAUCUGUGGCUUCGAUAUGCUGAGAACCACCACUUCCAGCUACAUCAUUGAUGUCAACGGAUGGAGUUUCGUCAAAGACAAUGAGGCAUACUACAAUGACUGUGCUAGAAUUUUGAAAGGGAUUUUCAUCUCUGAGAGAUUCAAACAAGAAACGACAAGCUUGGAAGAGCCCUCUCCGACUUCAGCGGGUUCUCACCACCACAGCCGCCAGAACACAAGCCACUCGCAUCGCUCUGCCCUGAAAACGAUUCUCAAAUCCCCUAGCAUGACGAAGCUUUCACAACACAUGCCCCAUUCCUCCAGACAUCAAAGUUCAACCACAGGAUCCCCCAAGACGAGUGCAAUGACCACGCCCCUGAGUUCUCCCCCGACAAUGGAGAAGACGACAGUGUCUAUUCUACCAUCCCCAGUGCUUGAGAAAGCAGAGCUGCCUCCGCCAGUAGUUACGGAUCCUGAUUUGACAGCGAGUGCAACAGUGUCGGGAACAACUCUUGAGUCCCAAGAAGCCGAAGCUCCCAUGCCGAUGGCGAAACAUUCCUGGAAGUUGAAGGGUGUCGUCACGGUUAUCAGACAUGCCGAUCGGACACCGAAGCAGAAAAUCAAGUUUACUGCUCAUUCCCAAGUCUUUGUGGAUCUCCUGAAAGGUCAUCACGAGGAAGUCCUGCUCAAGGGCGAGGCCGCUCUAGCAAGCGUUGAGGCGGCUGUCAAAACAGCGCAGAGAGAAAAACUUGAAGAUCCCGUCAAGCUGAAAACUCUUCGCAAUGCUCUUGCCAAGAAAGGAGGUCAACCAGGAACGAAGGUUCAGAUCAAACCCAUGUUUCGUAAACGACGACCGAAUGAAUUACUUCCCAGUACGCAAGAAGAAGCAGAAGCUGGCCAUGAAGCGCGUAAGGCAUCCGUACCAGAUAAGUCUCAGUCGGAUCCUCUGGAAUCACCUGGUCUUGAUCCCCUCUCUCACACAGACUCGAAAGAAGUUCACCGGAUUCAGACAAGGAGUGAUUCAAUCUCGGGGACUACAUUCUCACGCUUUUCGGCCGCAGAGAACGACCUGAUCCUCGACAAACUUCAAUUAGUCAUGAAGUGGGGAGGUGAACCUACCCAUUCGGCCAGAUAUCAAUCACAAGACCUCGGAAGCAAUAUGCGAGAUGACUUCAAAUUACUCAACAAGGAGGUGUUAGAAGACGUUAGGAUUUUCACCAGUUCGGAGAAACGUGUCAGGACAAGUGCGCAGAUAUGGGCUGCUGCUUUCUUGAACCGCGAGGACAUUCCGGAAGAUUUCAUCGCGGUCAGAAAAGACUUGUUAGAUGACUCGAAUGCCGCAAAGGAUCUUAUGGACAAAGUCAAAAAGAAGCUUAAGCACCUUCUUCGAGAGGGCAGUGUUCCUGAAGAAUUCGCCUGGCCGAAGGAUGUCGCCGAGCCGGUUGUUGUUAUGCAAUCGGUGAUCGAUCUACUCAAAUUCCAUCGUCGUGUGAUGCGACACAACUUUAAGAAACUCGCAGGCGGCGCAGCAGCAUCACUUGCUGCUAUUAAUGGAUCAACAGAAUCGAAAGAUGCAAAGGAACAAAACAAGGAGCUCGUAACGGUUGCAUCAAUUCAGUCUAGGUGGUGUACUGGCGAAGAUGCCGAGCUCUUCAGGGAACGUUGGGAGAAGCUCUUCUCGGAAUUUUGUGACACAGAGAAAGCCGAUCCAAGUAAGAUCUCGGAACUUUAUGACACAAUGAAGUACGAUGCACUGCACAACAAACAAUUUCUCGAAUGGGUCUUUACACCCAGUCAAUCACUCCUGGAUGCAUUGACCAAAGAGGAAGAAGCCUUGUCAUCAAACACCUCGCCAGAAUCCGAGAGGGCGGACGACUCCUCUCCUCCAGCGCAAAAUGGUCGCCAUGAUAGUGUGGCUUCGGUUACAGGCCAUCGAUUUUCACAGAAAAUUAAGCUGAGGAGACAAUCAGUAAUGAGACAGCCAGUUUCAUCCCCUCCCCUUGCGUCUUACGAACAAGGAGCUUCAUAUUUCAAGCUCUUCAGCGGUUCCGGGGAUAGCAAAUCGAAACAAGACCAGCGUCUGGGGCGCUUGAGAGAGUUGUAUCGGUAUAGCAAGAUCCUCUUCGACUACAUCGGACCUCAAGAGUAUGGAAUCAGUGAUCACGAAAAGCUCGAGAUCGGACUUUUGACCUCACUGCCACUUUUGCGCGAGAUCGUGGAUGACUUGGAAGAACUCCAAGCCUCUGGGGAUGCCAAGUCCUUCGUCUACUUCACCAAAGAGUCACACGUUUAUACACUCCUCAAUUGCAUUAUGGAAGGUGGGAUUCAUACUAAAAUUAAGCGUUCUACAAUUCCCGAACUGGACUACCUCUCACAAAUAUGCUUCGAACUCUACGAAGCCAAGGAUGUGGAGAAAGCCGAGUCGACUUAUUCAAUCCGUAUCUCGAUCUCUCCUGGAUGUCACACUGUCGAUCCACUCGACGUCUCGUUAGAUUCUAAGCACGCCAUUGGCAGCGCGUCAAGGCGUUCGUUGACAGAUCACCAAGAUUGGAAAGAAGUUCUUUCAACUUUAAAGGCGAAGUUCAAUACCGUCGAACUGCCCAAGAGCUUCCUUGCCGUCAAUGUCAGUGAAAAACACGAACAGGAAGCGGAGCGAAGAGCAAGUAUGCUGCAAACCGAACAGGCGAAAAAGGGUGAUGAAGAAGGUGUACAGAAUACCUCGAACGGUAGUGCUGGCACAACAGAUGGGGCUACUGCUCUCACCAACCCCAUUAUCAAAGUCAACUCGGGAGAAAUGGUCCCAGCCCCGGUGCUGGGCUCUUCAGUCACAACAGAUCUGGAAGCCAAUGGGCACUGA